AUGGGGAAAUGGUCGCUGCCAAAAGUGCUUUUUAGGACAUUCCAAGAGAGAAGUGACGAAAGCUUUUUAUUCGCAGGUCUCAUCUGGGCCGAGAUUCGCUCGCUCUGGACAGGAGGGCUGAUGGAGUACAUCAGCGACCUAUGGAAUAUCGUGGACUUCAUUACCAACAUGUUCUACAUCGCCUGGAUUAGCUUGAGGGUUGCUUCGUGGUACAUUGUGCAGCGCGACUACAAAAGCGGCAUGGACCCAUGGUACCCCCGCGAACGCUGGGACUCCUACGACCCCAUGCUGCUCUCUGAAGGUGCCUUCGCUGCUGGCAUGAUAUUCUCCUUCCUCAAACUGGUGCACAUCUUCUCCAUCAACCCUUACCUUGGACCGCUGCAGGUGUCCCUCGGAAGAAUGAUCCUGGACAUCAUCAAGUUCUUCUUCGUUUAUAUGCUGGUGCUGUUCGCGUUUGGGUGUGGCCUGAACCAGCUGAUGUGGUACUACGCGGAGCUGGAGAAGAACAAAUGCUACCACAACCCGAAUGGUAUGCCGGACUUCGACACGCAAGAACGAGCCUGCACUAUCUGGAGAAGAUACGCCAACCUAUUCGAGACCUCCCAGUCCCUCUUCUGGGCGUCGUUCGGGCUGGUCGACCUGACGACCUUCGAGCUGACCGGCAUCAAGAGCUUCACGCGCUUCUGGGCGCUGUUGACCUUCGGCUCAUACUCCGUCAUCAACAUCAUCGUGCUCCUGAAUAUGCUUAUCGCUAUGAUGUCCAACUCUUACCAGAUCAUUUCUGAACGUUCGGACAUGGAAUGGAAAUUCGCUCGCAGCAAUCUCUGGAUGUCAUACUUCGAGGACGGUGACACAGUUCCCCCACCUUUCAACAUCAUCCCUACUCCUAAACAUCUGGUGUGCUGGAUCAAGCACUGCUGUGGGAAUAGGGAACGUGGAUCUAUAAUAAACAAAUCUCGAGAAAAAGCCAGGCAACAGCACGAGGCAGUCAUGAGGGUGCUGGUCAGGAGAUACGUCACCGCGGAACAGAGGGCACGUGACGAGGUCGGAGUGACGGAGGAUGACGUCAUGGAGAUCAGACAGGACAUCUCCACGCUGCGCUUCGAGCUGAUAGACAUCCUCCAUAAUAAUGGGAUGAAGACGCCGAGGCUGAAGAUGCAGGAUUCCACUGUCGCUGGCAAGAAAGGCAAGGUGAUGGAGCGAAGGAUCCUCAAGGACUUCCAAAUUGGCAUCGUGGAGGGCAUCAUCAAGGACGUCAUCUCCAAGGAGAGCAAGCCCAAGGACGUCUUCAGCCAGAUCGCCAAGGCCAUAGUCAGGAGAGGAAGCACUGACAGCAAAAAACGCGACUGGAACGCAAUGGUGCGCACGAACACCGUCCGACGCGACCCUAUCGGAAGAACCUCUGAAGCGGAGGUCAGACGCAGCCGCCAGUCCCUCCGGGCACACAUCUUAGAGAACGUCAGCGCGAGGACCAUCGACCCUCAGAAGCUACUCGAAUACAACCCGAAACUUUCCGACGUGACGCCAUGCACCAGGGUGGCAUACGCCAAGUUCAUGCGCACCAAGAUCAAGUCGGACUUCGCGCUGCGCGAGGAGCAGAAGCAGAAGGGCUCCGUGGAAGAGUUCAGCCUGGAGGACGAGGUCUUUGAGACUCCCAAGAGGGUCGACUCGAAGAGGCAGAGCAAGAAUAUACGUAAAUCAUUCCGCACCAGAACUCCAAUUCCAGAAACAUCUGACGACGAGGUAUUGAAAGAACAUGAAAUGACUGUAGAAGCUAAUAUCGAGUCUAAAGAUUCCGAAGGAUGCUCCGAAAUAACCAGACCACUCAAAUCUUCAUCUCAAGAACCUUCAGAGCCCAGGACACCAGAGUUCGACCCCAUCAGCGACAGGCGUCUAACGCCCCCAGCGCAAUUCGACACCAAAGACCACAUCAUCCAGAUAGAAGAGCCAGAAUCACCCACCAGGACUCUCUGCAUGACCCAAGAUGAAGAUACCAAACUUCAAAAACCUAUAACUCCAACGCCUAGUAUUAAAUCCGAACAGAUCCUCUCAGCGUCUGCUUUAGACGGUCAGUACAAGCAAAUGAUGACUCCUCCACCAGUCAUAAUGACCCCACCCCCUCCCGAAAGUCCAGCCCCACCAAUACCCAUCCAGCAAGCCAUAUCCAGGCCAGCAUCUAGGUCCACCCUAACUAAGUCUCCAAUGCCAGAAUCUAGGUCACCUAUCCCAGAAUCACGGUCUCCGAUCCCAGAAUCAAAGUCGCCACAGCCAGAAUCGAGUUCUCGGCAAGAAUCAAGAUCUAGAUCUCCCCGACCAGAGACCUCGACAACUAGACCUAUGUCUUCGUUGGGGUCAUCCAGGGUGUCCCCUAGUCCGUCGCCUACGCCGUCCAUGGCUAUCAGUGAUAAGGGGAAGUCAAAAGUCACUGGCAAAAUGGUUUCUGGGUGGCUUUAGAUUGUGUUUAAAUUAGUGGUAUCAGUCGGUUUGAUCGAAAGAAAAAAAUAUCUGCGUUCAUUGUUUUAGUACUAGUAGUCUUUGAACGACCAUAAGUUAUUUUUGUUAAGAAAGCAGCCAUUAUGUUUAGUGAAGAUUCCAAAAGAGUAUGAGUUGGUAAGGGGUUUGAAAUGCUUAGUGAUAGACAUACAGCCAAUAAUGUGAUAGUAAGAACCAAUAUUGUCAUAAACGAUGAAGGUGUUUUUAUCGAUACCACUAAUAUUAAUGAAAACCAAUUGACUCUGUUGGGUCCUACAGUUUGGGUACAAAAGACCAAAAUCGACGUAUUAGUGAGAUAAUAAAUGCCUUGUAAUAGCAAUAACUAGGUUUAGGGCAAAAUUCGUUGAUGCUACAGAAACUAUUUAAAAAUAACACGCACGCGGUUUAAAAAAAAAUAGACAUCUCUCGUCUCGUCUGAGUCCUAAACACUUAUUAAGUUCAUAUUGAAACAGUAAAAUAUUGUAGCAACAGCGGAAACUUUGCAUAAGUAGGUAAAUUAGUUAACAAAAAGAAUUAAAAAAACUCCUAAAUGUGAAUAACGUAAGAAAUCUACUUGUUUGUUUGUGUUUGUUUAAAUUUAAAUUGGUUAAAAAUUAUUUGAGAAACCUACCAAAGAUUAUUACGAACAAGAUGAUUAAUAAUUACUUAACGGCAAAGAAAUCUGACAGGUUUAGGGUAGAUACACUUUUCUAGUCAAAAAAUGGCUAUAUCAAGUUGAUAGCUCUUACAACCACAACACUAGAGAUUAAUUAUAUUUUUAUAAUGUCCA